AUGAAUGUGCUCAAAGUCCAAUCGAGCUCCAGUUGCUUUUUGGGCACAAAACCUAGUAAUAUAGAUGUACUGGUUUUAAAUCCUUCUAAUCCCAUCAGAUUGAAUCGAAUUUGGAACUUGUGUUUACGUUUGCCUGAUAGUUUAUUCUGGAACGUAUUGAUAUUGGUGACAAUCGUAUUGAACUAUGUUUUCGUUACGUUAGACCUAACGUUUUCACUUGUAUAUUACGAAAAGUUUUUGUAUUUAUACGUUAUUUUCGAUGUGUUGUAUUUUAUCGAUUUCGUGAUUUCGAUAUUUCAUAAAUUUCUAUUCGCGAAGAUCGACUCGAAGUUGCUGGUCAUCGUGGUGGAUUUUUUAUCAAUAAUUCCGCAAUUUGUGGUGUUUGCCUCGUUCCUGAAUAGUUCUCUGAGCUUUUUGGUUAUCUUCUGUCGACUUUCGACGAUUUUAAGAUUGAAUCGACUGAGCCUGUUUGGGAAAAUUCGUGAAAAAUCCUUGCAGAAUGAUUGGAAUUGGUUUGCUUUACAGUAUUUUACUAUUUUCAGUCUUAUUGUACACACGACUGUUUGUUUGUGGUGUUCAUUAUUCAAUAAGAAACAGUUUAAGGAGCUUCUUGUUCCAACCACACCGCAGACUGAUAACAUUUUGAAUUACUACUUGAGUUACUCAUAUUAUUCUCUUCAGUUAUUUUUAAACGUUGGUUUCGGAGACAUUUUUCCAGAAACUUUUGCAGAAGUCUACUUAAUUUCAGCAAUUAUUAUAGCUGGACAAUUUUUGACAAUUUGGUUUAUUUGUUACCUAUCGUGGAAGUUGAUCAUUCGAAAGUUUCAAAAUUUUAAAAUCGCUGUACAGAUAAAAACUGCAUUAAAAUGCGCGGAUGAAGCUACAAAAUCGAAAAUAUCACGAUAUUUUUUCUCAAAACAUUGUGAUUAUUUUGGAUACAACUCCUUACUGGAAACCCUACCUCCCGUUUUAAAGCAAGAUAUUCUCUACGAUUUGAAUUGCGGGCUCUUGCAGCGAUCCAAAAUUCUGAAAGAAUUGCCGGAAUCGAUUUUGAAAAGACUAGCAUCGCAAAUGAAAAGCGUGCUUUUGCCUCAGGGGGAAUGCGUUUAUUUUCAAUACGUGCUCAAGACGGGCUUGGUUUGCAUAGAAGACGGUGUUUUGGAAAUUCUGAAUCACGAGGAUCAGGAAACUCCCUUGAUAUCCUUUCGAAAGGGUACUGUUUUAGGAGAAGUAGCAUUGUUCUUUAACAUCCCUUCCAAAUGUACCGUGAGAGUCAAAGAGAAUGCGGAAAUAAGAAUUUUAGAGAAGCGAGAUUUCCUCAAAAUAAUCCGUCUCUAUCCUGAGGAAUUCGAAAAAUUGCAUGAAAUGUUGAACAAACGAUUAACAUGGGCGAUCAGAAAUCGAAAAACUAUUCAAAAAUAUCGUUCGCCGAGUUUGAGACGACUUAAAUUAAAUUUGAGCCAGUAUUUAGUGGAAAAUGUCGAUGAGAAUCGUUGCUGGGAUAUGUACAAAAUGAAUUUAGACGACAAUAAUUUACCUGAUGUGAAUGUUAAUUGGGGAAAAUUGGAAAGGAGCAUUCCGAGAAUUCUGGAAUUGAAAUUAGGCGAGUUAAAAUUUAAUCUGGAUGUCUUCUCGUUGUUUCCAAUAGAAGUUUUAUCGUUUCUGUUCGAAGACACUACGAGGCAGAACAGAUUUUUCGAUUUGUUUAAAUUCAAUAGGUUGUUGAGAUUGUAUCGCUUACCAGACGUCCUCCUUGUUUGUGGGAAAGAGGAUUUAUCUUUGAUGGCGAAAUUGACUAAUAUUUUAAUAUACAGCGCUUUAACUGUGUAUUAUUCAGCUGCUUUUUUGUAUUUAAAUUCAUGCUUUGAUAUCAUCUGCAAUGACUCCAGCUGGUACUACGCGAUUUCGAGUGAAACCGAGGAUUUCGAAGACCCAAAAAAGGCUUUAUUUGAUUCCUUGUAUUUCACUGUAACAAUCGCCUUCUGCACCGGCAUAGGAGAUAUCAUGCCGAAAUCCACAACCGAUUAUUGCAUAACCGCCACUCUGCUGGUGUCAUUUUUAAUUUUAAAAAGCCACUGGUUGGCCGAAAUAAUAUCGCAAAUGUUCCUGAACGAAUUUUUCAGCGGUUCGAUAGAAGCCAAUUUAUGCAAAAAAAUGUGUUCCAAAAUAGGUGGAUCCUCGAGCAACAUCGUACAUCAAAUAUACAGAUUUUUGGAUAUCGAUCCUAAUUUCUCGAAUGUGUCUAGCCGAUAUUUCCUGGCCGAUUCUCUACCUAGUUUUUUGACGAUUCGCCAACACGAAGAAAAGAAUUCUUGGAAAAACAUUGGGUUGUUCAAGAAGAUUGACCCUUAUUUUCUAGCUUUAUUGGAGAAAACUAUCAAAUUUUGGACGUUUCCAAAAAACGAAAUUAUUUAUUAUUCCGGCGAUCCAACGAGACAAAUGUUCGUAAUAGAGAGAGGAUAUUGUAACAUUUACAACGCAGAUAAUAUUUUGGAGAAGUCAGUUGGACCUGGUCAUCAACUAGGUGUACUAGAAAUACUAUACUCUCUACCCAAAAAUCAUACAGUCAUCGCCAAAACUGAUUGUGUACUAGCCUAUCUGGAUUACAGUUCAAUUGAUACUCAUUUAAAAUUAUUCCCCAAAGAAUUAAUUAUCCUAGAAACAACACUAUUUGAAAAAGAUAUCAGAGAAAGUAUAGCCCAAUUGGAACGUUCCCGUUUAGUUACCGAUUUAACGAAAGAAAUUACUGAAAAAGAAUAUUGUUUCACGAACUUGCUAAGAAAAUGGCCUAAUUAUUACGAAUUGUACCGGCAAAAACUUGGAAGACUUUGGUAUGUGAGCUUCCUUUUAAUACCUGUUGCAGUACACCCCCAAAGUUUGUUCCUGAAAUCAUGGUGUCUAACGAGAGCUUGUUUUAUAUUAUUACAAUCGAUUGUUUCCAUGAUAAUUGUUUUAAAGCAUUCUGGAUUGGAAAAUAUCGUCUGGAUAGCUUGGAUUGGUCAAACUACGCUCUAUCUCGAAAUGUAUUUGAGUCUGCACAUCGUCUAUUACAAUGGAAAGGGAAAAUUGAACACUCAUACUUUCUACACAUCUUGGAACUAUCUUACUCGUGGAUUUUUAUUGGAUUUAAUAACCGCCUUAACAUGGCAAUAUUUUCUUAUGAACUACAAUUUCGAUUCUGAUCGAGGAAAAUUUUAUUCAAAUCCGAAUGUCUGCGGUCUGAUAGCACAAAUACAAUUUCACAAGGUUUUUCAAUGCCUCCGGUAUUACGAGAACAGAAACGUCGAGUGGAAAAACCUGUGGAAAUUUUUUGAGUUGAUGUUAAUUGUGGUUUUAAUUAUCAAUGUUUUAGUUUUCAUUUGUGCUAGCUAUUUUUUCCAGUACACUGUUUUCCAUAAAAACUACACAACAGGAUUGUAUGUAGUUAUCGAUUGGAUGACUCACUCAGGAUUCGGAAAUUUCGGCGGAAAUGAUGCAAAAGUCGCGGCAAUUUUUACAACUUUAAUUGGGUUUAUAUUAUUUGGAAUAAUAACGAGCAGUAUUUGUACCAUAUUCUUGGUCGAAGUCGAGGAAAGUGUUAAUUUCCGUCACGAAGUUUUCGAGUUGCUAAAAUUUGUUUCCUCCCGUAAAAUUCCUGCUAAAAUGAAGCAGAAAAUAAUAACACAUUUCAAUUUAAUUUGGGAAAACACCAAAGGUUCAAACGUAGAAGAAAAAUUAUACUCGGAGUACUACUACAACAACAGACUUCUGUCGAGCACUCACGAUGAACUCUUCUGCGAUGUACCGUUAUUACACCACUACAAUACAAACUAUAUGAAAAUUAUUGUUAAUCAACUUAAAAUACGGUAUUUCCAAAAAGAUGAAAUGAUUACGAGUUAUAAAGACGUGUUAUCGGAUAUUUACAUUAUUUGUACGGGGCAGGUCGAAAUAUUCAACAAAAAUAAAGAUCCCUUAUGUCUCCUUGGUCGCGGUGGAGUUUUUGGAAACAUUCGUAAGAACUCACAUUCAUUCUGUAACGUCUACGUAACAGCUAGAAGGAACGUUAAAUUGUGGGUUUUGAGUUCUCAAUCGUUUUUUAAUACUGUCAAAUAUUAUCCGAUUAUUGCUGAAGAAGUGGAUAAAAUGUUGAAAGGAAAACCUGCUUAUUUGCCACCGAUUGCAACAGAACACAACGAGGAUUCAUGUAUUAGAAAACGCCUGUUAGAUGAGCUGGAAUUAAAUGAUGAUACCGAUAAAACUACAUCAGAUGCGUCUUUUGACACUAGAACUCAAAUAAAUAGUUGGAAGAGAUUCGUUUUCAAAAUAGAUAGGAUAAAUAAAAUAUUGGAUUUUGUAACAUUUAUAAGUAGCUUAAGCAACGUUCUAAUAAUAACAUACGUUUUCGUAACGCAAGAAAAAAGCAGCUUAGAGUACGUUUACGUUUUAACAGAGCCGAUAUUUUAUGUAAGGAUUUUCUUUCAAAUACGAACUUUAUGGAAAACCUACCUGAAUACGCCCAGAUUAUACCUUUGGGACAUCAUACCUAAUUUACCAGUAACUUUAUUGUGUUAUUGCUUCGAAAAAGAGCAGUUUUUUUCAUAUACUUGCAUAAGGUUGUUCCAUCUUUUGCGUUUUUAUUACGUUGUGGAAUUCUUUAGAAUGAACAUGAGAGAAUUGUUUAUGGGAAGUUGGUGGUAUUUAGCAAAAGUUAUAUGUUAUUACUGCAUUUUAAUCCACAUUUUUGCUUGUUCUUGGUUUAUGGUUGCUUGUCCUUUUAACAAAUGUGGUCCCGAGACUUGGAUGUCUCAAUUUAACCACAAAAUCCUACAAAAAUCUACUGCUCGCCACAAAAUGAUAUUAUCUUACUAUUUCGUUUUAAAUCUAAUUAGCACCACUGGCAUUGGAAAUAUCGUACCUAAAUUUAAUUGGGAAAUUACGUUGACGUUAAUAACAACGUUUGUUGGCAAGAUUUUUAUAUCGAUACUUACAGCGACAAUUUUAAAAACAAUGUACGUUAUCAAAAAACUGCGGGGAAAAUUUGUCGUGCAAUUGAUGUCGUUGAUAAAAAUUCUCCAAAACAAAAAUAUUUCAAAUUUCCUAUUUAAUAAGUUGUUGAUUUAUAAAGAGCGUAUAUGGGUGCAUGAACAGGGUAUUGUAGAGAGGAAUAUUUUGGAAACUUUAUCCUAUCCUUUACUCCAAGAAUUGACGUCGUUUUUAUACGAAGACAUACUAAAAGAAUCCUUCCUAUUUCAGGAUUUAGACCAAAGCCUACUCAGCCAAAUUAGCACCAAACUGAAACGGGUAAUUUAUUUCGAAAACGACUACAUUACAAAAACCGGCGAGGUUAAUUCAACAAUGUAUUUCAUCAACAAAGGAAGCGUCUUCGUUUUGACCAAGCAUUCGCCACUCAAGGAAACCAAACACAUCAAACUCUACCCGAGAGAUUUGUUCGGGGUUUCCCAAGGUCUGAACCUCGAAAAGAGCCAUCACUUCUGCUACAGGGCAGCGUCUCCCGUUGUCGAGAUUUUAUCGCUGCAACACGAUGACUGGUCGUACAUAAUAGAUUUUUUUCCCCGAGAUAAACAACAGUUGCUUGUUAGAGUUCAUAAGGAAUAUAAUAAAUUAAAAUAAUGUUGGC